UAUUCAGUCAUCAUGCUCACAAUCUUUACUUAGCAGUAUAGCACGUGUCGUUUCCACCAUGGCCACCCAAAGCCAGAAUAUCUGCUCGUUACCAGAAGAUCUCCGUUGCUAUCUUCUCCGCGGAAAUACCAUGGUGCCACUCAUACCAGCCGACCAGCUACCAUUCCAACUCAAGGGGAUUCCGCGGCAACUUACACAUCGUCAAAUGUCAGACCAGGGCUGGAAGCUAUUCAAGGAAACAAAAGACGCGCCCUCUGUGCUUUCAGUCCAAGCACCCAUUCCCAACGAUAGCCCCUCGCACUGCUCUCCAGAUGGGAAGCCUCAAUAUCUCGCACCUGACCACAACGUCCGGACUGAAUCACAGAACACAAACAUAGCUCUUGGCUACUCAGGCCGGUUGUCGCCGCAGACACUAGCAGCUGGUACAUACGAAUGCCUAGGCACGCCGUCCACCACUCGGUCUGAACGCCAGUCGUCGCUAGCUGACGCCGUGUACCAUAGGGAAGCCCAGCGAUCUGGGUACAACAACUCUAACCCCGGCCCAGAACCCUCAAAAAAAGUAUAUUGUACACACUGGAUAGCAACUGGCGAAUGUAGAUGGAUGCACACAGGGUGCAAAUACAAGCACGAAAUGCCUGGGACUGAAAAGCUCCGCGAACUAGGUUUCACCCGCGGCACGCCCAGGUGGUGGAGGGAGAGAAAUGCUGUUUCUCCUGCCAAGCCACUAACUUGGAUGCAGCGCAAAGUAGGAGGAAGAGCAAGAAGUCAAAGUCUAGAGCCGCCUGCUGAAAAUAUGCCUCCUGCACGAUCAUUCCCAGAUGCUCUGACGUUCCGCGCUCGUAGAUCCGAAGACCGAUAUGCACCCGGCAGCGAGGUAGUACAGAAACCUGGUGGUGGCGUUUGCAAGCGGCAAGGUUCAACUGAGCACUCACCUGCAUCAUCUAUUAUAACGCCGCUACUAGUAGCCCAAACCCCCAACCUCAUAGAUCUAGACGACACUCCCCUCCCCCCACCCGGCCCCUCGCAAUCCCAACCCUCGACCGCAGAAUCAAGCGAGACAUGCACCCCUCAUUCCGACGCCUCCUCUUCUUCCCCUCCUACCCCACCCUUCGUACCCCGCAAGACCCCGCUUACCAAGACCUCGCGUCUCAAGAUCAUCCCUGUGUCAUCUUCUUCUUGCCCUUCUUCUUCUUCGUCGUCGUCGUCAUAUCAGGAAGAUAGUUCGGACAUUGACACUGAUGCUGACACUGAUGACGCUCCCGCUGCCCCUGUCGCUACUACACAUCGACAGCGCCGCUCUAAGCGUGAUACUAGCGCUCCAAAUGUUACGUCGGCUGCCAGACGUGUGACGAGGUCUGAAGCAAAGUUUAGUCUUGCUAGUUCAAAAUACGCGGUCAAGAUGCCUAGGGUUCAGCGGGAGGUGCGUGGGGAGCUUGAUAAGCGGAAAGGCUGAGGUGUGUGAGGUGAACCGGUAGGGGAAGGGUAUGUUUAGUAGGACUGGGUGUAUCGUCAGUGAGUAGAUGGAGUUAUGAAGACGAGUAUAGAUUCUACAUUUACAAGGUUCGACUAGGUUCUUUUUCUCGUUAGGUAGGCUAGAGUGUAUACAGAUAGUUAUAUUCAAUGCAUAAUAAAUUAUUGUUUUCUUUUCCGCUCACAUGUU